AUGCAACAUUUUGUGAAAUGCACUAUCCUUAGGGAAUUUGUAAUUCGUUUUCCGAUGAAUUAUAAUAACAACUUGCAAAACAUUGACGAUGAAAAUAAUAGCAUACAUGAAGACGACACAGAAUCAGGAAGUACACAGAGUAGUGAAGAUAAUCAAAGAGAACGGAGACCUUUCGAUGUUACAUUACCACCAACGCAUCAGUAUUUACGACUAAAUGGAGAUGAUGAUUUACCACAUACUUUCAAAAUGGAAGAUGCUGGAAGGGUGAUAACAGUGUCGAUCUUGGAAAUGCCAAUUGUUUUGUUACCUACCCAGUUGCUCCCAUUCCACACCGAUUAUCCAUUACUUGUCUCGCAGCUUCGACAUGCAGCUCGAGAAAAUGAAUAUAUAGCACUAAAACCGAGAUUGGAUACCUUUGAUACGGAUAUUGCAACAUUAAUUCAGGUUCGAAGCUUGCAAGAAAAUGACGGUGGAAUAUCUGUGCAAGCAGUAGGCCGUCAGCGAUGCCGAAUACUUACUCGACGGUCUGCCAUUAACGGGAUGCCAUAUGGUGAGGUGCUAGUUCUAGAAGAAAAGGAGUUACCAGCUUUGUCCCAAAUACUAAUGCCCGCUUCAUUUGCCAGUAUGCGACCUAAAAAAAGUUUGCGGUAUUUUGCGGCAAUGACAUCACAUUCAUAUCAUGUCUUGAAGAUAUCAUUGACGAAACAUUACAUUGAUGAAAUUGCAAAGUGGCUUUAUGGUUGGUAUGUAUAUGAAAAAGUUAAACGCGUUCUUUCUCAGGGACCGACGGCAUUGAGUUAUUGGGUAGCUGCAAAUUUACCAAUUGAUAUGGAAAUGCGCUUACGCUUACUGGAUGAGCCGUAUACGGAUAGAAGAUUGAAGGAUGAAUAUGGCAUCAUUAAUCGCAUCGAUGUCAUUGUUUGCAAGAAUUGUAGCACGCUGCUAUGCAAUAUGUCACAAAUGAUUAGUGUAUCAACAGAUGGAAACAGUGCGCAUUACGUUAAUCCAGGUGGUUAUGUACAUGAUUUAUUUACUGUAUCAGAAGUAGUUUCAACGCUAGCACGUGGGACACCGUCAGCCGAAUGCUCUUGGUUUCCGGGUUACAAAUGGACUAUUCAUGAAUGCUCACACUGUGGACAGCAUGUUGGUUGGCGUUUUACCAGUUCAGACUUGUCACCAAAGUCGUUCUUCGGUUUGACACGACGUUCAAUUCGACCUGCUGAUUCACGACGUCCAAUCGCUUCCACUAUUCAACGUAUUGAACAAUUAGCUAUUAUCUGA